GCGCCGGCAGCAUCGCUCCCCCCUCCUCCCGUGUUUGGGUGCUGGUGUCGGAGGAUGUUUAGGACCCAGGCUGUGCAGCUCCUCCCUUUCAGGUCUCUCCAGGGCUAUUGCUUGGUGGGAGGUGGGUUGAGGGCUUGGUGGUAUGAAUGAAAGAGAGAGAGGAGCCCUGGACUGAAAAGCUCAAACUGGAAUAGCUCGCCUGUCUCCAGGCAACAGGCCUGACGCAACCGCUGGGGGGGGGAGAGUCCCUUAAAUGAGAGAAGAGAGGCACACACAGCUUUCUGAAGCGAGGCAGGGAGGAGGAUGAGGCCGUCUCCUGGAGGCACUGGUGGCACCGCUCUGCAAACACCAGCUCGGAGACCCGCGGCGCAAGGAGGGAGCCAAGAUGUCCGUGCCAUCCUCCCGCUGACUCCGGCCCCGGUGUUCAUCCAAGGCCAACGUGGUGCUUGAGCGGGAGCUACCACUGCUCUGGCUGUCCACUGAGGAGCUGUGUUUGACACUGUGAUACCUGGUCAAACCUUGAGGGUUUCCCAUUCCUGGUCCUUUGCAGCCCACCCCUAUGCCUUUUGACUCCCAGAGAGGAUGUCUCUACCCAAAAUCCAAAUAGAAGAGGUGCUGGACAGUAUGGAUGCUGGCUCUGGAGGUGCUGCUCCUCCUGAUGACCACCUGAGGACCCUCAAGGCAUUGACAGAGAAGCUAAGACUGGAAACCAGGCGCCCUUCCUACUUGGAGUGGAAGGCAAAGCUGGAGGAGCAGGCAUGGAAGAGUCCUCAGCCAGCGGGAGAGGAGGAGGAAGAGACAGCUGAAGCCAAAAAGGCCAUGGGAGAGACUGUCCCCUUGAGGAAGGUGCAGCUGCACCUCAAUGGGAGCCCUGCGCAGGACAAGGUGACUCUUACCUCAGGGAGAAUAGGUGGCUUUGAGAACAUCGAUGAAGCUUUGACGUGGCUCAGGAAGGAACUGGCAGAAAUGCGCCUGCAGGACCAGCAGCUGGCGAGGCAGCUCAUGCGGCUCCGCAGCGACAUCAACAAGCUGAAGAUCGAGCAGACCUGCCACCUCCACCAGCGCAUGCUCAACGACGCCACGUACGAGCUGGAGGAGAGGGACGAGCUCGCUGACCUCUUCUGUGACUUCCCCCUUGUGAGCUCCUUCAGCCUCUCCACGCCGCUCAAGCUCAUCGGGGUCACCAAGAUGAACAUCAACUCCCGGCGGUUCUCGCUGUGCUGAAGGAGGGAAGAAGAGGGAAGGAUGGGGGAGAAAGAGAAGACUGGGCAGAGCCACGGCUCUCUCUGCCUGGCAGCUGGGUGAAAAGAGGCCAAAGAGGACCAGAGGGAACAGGAGAAAACAGGGUACCCACAGCUGGCUCUUGGUGGCAGGGUAGAGCAGUGGAGCUGCACACUGGGAUGGCCCAGAGAUGCUCAUUGAGAAGACAAAUCCUGUAUGAGGGAUGUGUGGGGAGCAUCUGAACCCGAGAUGUGCACUUAGGCUGCUCCUUUGCAAAGUCCGUUCUCUUCCCCACACAGUUACUAAGACAACGCAGCUCCAGUGUGGUUGGUUGUAGCCAAAAAUCACAGGAAGGAGUCAAAGAUCAGCCACAAAGUAAAGCAAAAUCCCUUUUGCUUUCCCCUUUACCUUCCCCCAGGCUAGAGCUGCCUCUUCAGAAGAUAAAUCACUCUCCUCCAUGGAUGUCACCUUAGGCAACAAUCCUCAGCCUCUGCUGGCCCAAACACGGGGUCCAUGGGGCUAUUUCAGGUGGAAGCCAAUUGCCAGCGGAAAGGAUCCCUCCCAGCAGGGAAGGGAUAGUGGGUAAAAUGGUAUGCAGCCCCAGGAACUGGUGAGAAGAUGUGUUUGUUGACUUGCUCCAUUGAGUCCAGUGUACUCUAUUUUCAUUUUGCCUGUGGUAUAGAUUAUGGGCAGAUCAUGGACACAUUUGUAUAGAGACUCCAGCCAGCCAGAAGUAGCUUGUGUGCCCUAGAAGUUAUAACCAGAGCAAUAUACGAUUAUGAUCUUCUUGUCAGCAGUGGCCACAAGACACCAUGUGAUUACCCCUGCAGUAAGGCAAAGAAGGUAACUUACCGCCAAGACAUCUCAUAUGAGAGAAAUCACCGCAGGCUGACUUUACCACAACAGCAGCACCAGCAAAUCCCGGAUCCUCUGUAGCAGCACACAUCCAUCAGAAGAGGAGAGGAGAAAAGGGACUUUUCUGUGAUGAAUGUAAAGUGUGACUAUAAAAUUAAAGGGAGAAAUAUUGCUGUGAUGAACUUCGGACCUGCAGCAAACCCACGGGAUUCCCUCUCUGCUUCGUAGGAUGUCAGAUGGAUGAGAUAGAUUUUUGCCUUUUGUGCACAUAGCUGCACACUUGCCUCUGCAUGGCACAGAGGGCAGAGACACCCAUGGUGCAGCCCAGCAAGGGCAGGGACUCAAGAGGUCUUGGGGCACCUGGCACCCAAAGCAGUCUGACUAGACCAAGCCUGGGUGCCUGUAGGCUCUUCCUCCUGUGCCAGCGCCACUCCUGACCAUGUCAGAGUGGUACAAUCUCCCAACUCAUCGCCCCAGCCCAGCUCUGCUCCCCUCCACAUGCCCAAGCACAGCGCUCUGUGGCUGGGUGAACGUGACUGUGUCCAUGCAGCACCAGCCCAAGCCCUGGGGAUGAGCGGGAGAUGCAAGUCAGCACUGAGCUGAAAGCUGUGUGGCUGUGUUGACGUGCCUGUACCUGACUGUGUCUGUAAGCUGUGUGUGUGCAUAAGUUGUUUUGUGUGUGUGCAUGUGAGCCCACAGGAUGCCUCUCUCAGGAGGUAGAGUGGUGGCCCCAUGUCUUUGUUCUCGUAUGUGGUGUGAACCAGAAAUUAAUGAGACUCUGCCAUGCCUGGGAAGUUGCAAUGAGGCAUCGAGACUUGGGGUUUUCACAAGGAGCUUAGGUCAAUGCAGAGAAGACAAAUAAUUCGUCUGUCUCCACAGGAGGAACAAACUAACAUCAUGAAGAUGUUCAUAGCCGCAUGGGGCUGGGGAACUGGUAGGGGGCUCUGGAACUGAGUUCAGUCCUCUGUCUCCCAUAGUAUGUAAGCCCUCAGUGAUGCCUCCCCCUCCACUUUAAAGCUCAUUGGGUAUCAUUUCUAAGGAAGGAGGUAUUUGGGGCACAGCAGCUCUAUCUAUACCAGUAAGUUAAUCAGUGCCAUGCCUGGGUGCUGAAUCUGGUGCUGCCCAGGUAGCAAAGGUUCAAUAGGGUUGUGGCCAGAGUGUCAGUUAGCCUCUGGACAAGACAACCAGCCACGACAUUGUUGUGUUUACAGUAGUAGAGAAAUAGCCUUAUUUCCCCAUGGAUGUCUGGAAAAUCUCAUUAAAAUUCUUCUUUGAUUACUUUUUUAAUGAAAAGAAAUCAAUUUAUGUCCCACAUGUUGAUUUUCGGAGGCUUUUUUGAUUAAAAGAUAGCAAUGACAACUCUUCAGUAAAAAUAAUGCCUUGGAAGAGGGAGGCUAGUUCUCUCUAGGAUCAGUUAGAGCCAACAAAAGGGUGGACCUGCCUUUGGGCUCUUGUCAGGUAGUCGAAUGCAGGAGGUUAGUACAAGCACAGUCUUAGGAGUUCCUUAUAUGUGGCAUUAGAAGUAUCAGACGUCUGGGUUCCAGACACAUAUUUUCUGCAUUAAGUGGGAUGAGGGAUGGUUGUAUCUGCCAGCUGUUUGUCCAAAUGCACAAUUUUUUAAUCAUAAAAUUAUGUCUGUAUUGA